CCGUUGAAGCCACCGCAGGUGCCUCUCGGUGUACCCGUUGAAGGUAGCGAAUAGACUCCUUAGCAAGUGAGAGGGGAAUUGUUUUUUUUUUUUUUUGAAAAAUUGAAACUGGAACUGUGCGAGUUCUCACGGUAGUCUGCGGGAAGGGAAAGUGUAAUCAGUGCAACGAGAACCGUUUUGAACCGAAGUUGAUAUAUCUAGGUUAAAAGUGACUCCGCCAGAGGUGGAAAAUCGAUGCACUGCAUUGUGUUUUGGUGACUGAGCUGAAAAUUUUCGUCCGUGUUCGCGUCCUUAUGGAAUCGUUGCAGUUGCAGUUAAGUUGGCAGGAACAGAUUAAUUCCGGGAUCGUACUGUUCGAUCAUCAGCAGAACUGGUGCUCCAUGGGCUACGACGGUUACUGGUGCCACUGGUAAAUGGGAACGUCCAACAAUCCGCUGGACCAUCCGCUGCUAUGGAAUCAGCAGCUGAAGCGCAUCCAGGAGAAACGGAUUGCUGACGCAAGCUUGCGCGAUUGGCAGCACCGGAAGCAUCUGGAGCGGCAAGCACGUGCCAAAGAGCAGGCCCACUUACCACUCUUUCAGUACCGGGAAGUGAUGGAGCGCUACUCGCCUUGGGGUCGCAAGGGUGGCGGAGCCCCCAAUGACACCGUUCGCAUGAGAAACAUUCAGCUGCAAGGCCUGUACCCGGAGACGAAAAAUUUUCCCACCACACCCCUUUUCCACGCUACACGGCGCCAGGACUUUCGGAACCCGGUCCCAAUGCAGCGGCCGAAGGGAGUGAGUGCCGGUGGAGGUGGCGCACCGCUGAGAAACUCUUCCGGCCAGAUCGUUACCGGGCUGACGGAUGAUCCGAUCAUCAGUUUCAAUGACGCCAACCGAUAUCACGUGGAUAAUGAUUUACGCUACAGAACAACGCCGGCCCAGAAGCAAUCCUACCGCGCGGCAUUGGAUAGAAUUGUAGCAGACAAGGAGAACCGUAGGAAGACGCGGAGUUCCGACUUGGAUGCAAAAGUGAAUGGAGGUCCCUGGGGAAAACCAGGUCCCGGUGGUAAACCAUGGAGACCACCAAAAAAUGUUGGUCAAAAUUUUAUGAAGUCGAUGGGUUGGACAAACAAGGAAACGUUGCAGGAUUUGGAUAUCGAGGUUGUUACCAAAAUGCAACGUCAGCUGGAGGAAGAAAAUAGAUAUCUGAAGAAGUUCUCCAACUGUUGCUCCCGGUGUGUGUGCCAAUGCGUUAGCAACAGUUUGGAUCCACCGCGCAGUGGCAGCGGAAGUGCCCAAAUGCCACGUGCCACCAACAGCCCGCCGAAGUCACAGGUAGUUCCGCCAGCUACCGCUCCAAGUCAAGCGAUGCGUGAUGAUUCGAACCCUAGUACCGACAAAAUCACGGACCGACGGGUUAUGAGAUUGUGUCAGCAAAAUCAACAAACCACACCGGGGCGGGCCCCGGUUGCAAAGAGAGCAGGAGCUAAAGUGGUUCCGACCAGAAAUUGUAUGAUAACAGGAGGUGUCGAGUUGGUUCCGCUGUUGGCAAAGCGUCGCUCGCAGGCCAGACCAAUCAGUUUGGGCACCACUGACGUAACCAAAAUUGAUAAGUACAGCUCCAAUGGCACCAGUGCCGUCGUCGUGCGCCAGUCGGGAGAUGAAUAUCUGCACGAACUGUGCACUCAGAUGAACCAGAAGCAGCGAAAGAUCGAAAGGACCCGCGUAGUCGAGUUCGAAACCAGCAAACAACACUUUGAGACGUGGUCUGGUUUUUGGGGCAGGCCAGGCCACGGUGCACCAUUGCCCAACAAGAACAAACUGAAUCUGGACAAUCUGCUUUACGCACCGCCACGGUAAAACAGUUUUUGUGCCACCAUCGCUUUUGCGCUUUGCAGUUCGGAUAAGACCUAGUGAAAGACCCUUUUUCGGACCUGGAGGAUUGAUUUUGUUCACUUGCCGCCAAGGACAAGUGAUAGCGAAGUUGAUUGAAAAACAGUAAGCGGAGCACAUAACCUCAACAAGCAGCAGCAGCGCAAUUUGAGUGCGUCUUUUUCAUUGUUAAAACUUAAAGAUUCAUAAAUCAUCCUAGUAGUGAGAAUAUAAAUUCUUUAGAAAACUAUAUUAACACCAAAAAUAUGAUGCUCGUAGUAGUGACAGAAAUAUAUAUUAAGAUGACAAUGAGUAGAUAUUUAUCGUUAGGGUAAUCAACAUAGAUUGUUAAACGAGAAUAUUAUUGGAUACUUAGAUUUCGUCGUAGAGCCCUGAUUACAUCACCAAAUGAACUAUGUUGUAUUAAAAAUAUAUUUCACAGUAAUUAUAAUCACACACGUUGCCUUUGAAGAUUUUUCAGACAAAUUUACUAGAAUAGUUCGCGUACUUAAAAUUAGUUUUUAUUAUUAAAUUUAGGCUUCGAUUUUUUGCUGAAAUUAAAAAGUUAGAUCCAUAUCAUAAAAUGACCAACUGAAGGUAUUUAAAAGCAAUAUGUAACCAUAAUCAAAGUUUCCUAGCUGAAAUAUGACGCUUUUCUUGUAGUAUGUAUUUAUGUAUAUUAUUCAACUGACAUGAACAUGAAAGCAAUUGUAAGGUAAAGAUUAGCUCAGCGUAAGGUAAACUAAGAUUAGCUCAGCGUAUAUCAUCUGUUAAAUAAACUGUUAAGGCGAAACCGAUAAAAUAUAAAA